AUGGCUUCUAACACAGCCGCCUGGCUCCCCGAGAAGCAAGCACGGCCUUUCCAGGUCAAGCCCGCACCCAUGGGCGUCCCCCUGGAGGGUCAGAUCCUCAUCAAGAACCAUGUUAUUGGAAUCAACCCAAUAGACGUCAAGAAUCAGCUCUGGGCCGUCCACAACCUGACCUACCCCGUUGUGAUGGGCGGCGAUGUGGCUGGCGAGGUUGUCUCGGUCGGCCCCAGUGUCACCAGUUUUAGUAAAGGCAACCGCGUCAUUGGAACUGCGUCUUGGCUGGCCCAUGGCAGAAACGACAUGGGCGGCUUUCAGGAGUACACCGUCUUGGAAGCGGUACUAAGCUGCAAAAUUCCCGACACGCUCUCAUAUGAGACGGCUGGCGUGGUGCCGCUGUGUUUCUCCACCGCGGCCGCCGGGCUCUUUCAGCAGGAUUAUCUCAACUUGCAGCUCCCCACGGAGCCAGCCCGGGCGUCCAAUGGCCAGACGGUCCUGAUUUGGGGCGGCACGUCCAGUGUUGGCUGCAACGCCAUCCAGCUGGCCGUGGCCGCCGGCUACGAAGUCAUCACCACGGCGUCGGCCAAGAACUUUGGCUUGGUCGAGAAGCUGGGCGCCAGCCGGGCUCUCGACUACCAGAGCCCGAGCGUCGUGGCGGACCUGGUGCGCGUCUUUGAGGGCAAGACCCUCGCCGGCGUGCUUGAUUGUGUCGGCGGACCGCGCGCCGGUACUCCCAUCCUCGAGUUGCUAGCUCAGAUCAAUGGCGGGAAUAAAUUCGUAGCGACCGUGACCCCGGGCUUUCCCGAGACUCCCGAGGGCACCCUCUCCAAGCACAUUUAUUCCCUCUCCAUCCGGGGCAAUAACGUCGGCCCGGCGGUCUGGAAGGACUUUCUCCCCCACGCAUUGGCGAGCGGUUCCUUUGUACCGGCUCCGGAACCAUUUGUCGUCGGCAAGGGUUUGGAGAGUAUACAGGCCGGUUUGGAUCAUCUGUCAAAGGGUGUUUCAGCUCAAAAGGUUAUCGUAACUCUGUGA